GGAAAACAAGAGAACAUGGCAGACGGCAAAUGUCGGAUGUAUUGUUGAUCUCUAAGUUCGUAUCUUGUAUAAUUUGCAGCAUUUUGUUACAAUAAUGUUGGCACUAAGAUAGUGUAAUAAUAAAGUUAGUGUAAAAAGUGUUUUCUACAGCGCAAUUCAGCUAUGGCUGAUUUAAAGAGUAUGUUUGCUAAAAUGGGAACUAGUAUGGAUACCAGUAUGGGAGAAAAUGGUGUAUCAAAUUCUACAGCUUCUAAAAAAGCAGUCCCUAAACAACAAUCAAUUGAACAAACUUACCAGAAGAAAUCUCAAUUAGAACACAUUUUGUUAAGGCCGGAUACUUACAUAGGUUCUGUUGAAAAAGCCCAUGAAACCAUGUACAUAUAUGAUGGAGAAAAAGAUAGAAUUAUACAAAAACAAAUAGAAUAUGUUCCUGGAUUGUAUAAAAUUUUUGAUGAAAUCUUAGUGAAUGCAGCUGAUAAUAAACAACGUGAUCCAAAAAUGGAUUGUAUAAAAGUGGAUAUAAAUCCGGAAACUAACACAAUAUCUGUGUGGAAUAAUGGAAAAGGAAUCCCCGUUGUGAUGCAUAAAGACGAACAAACGUAUGUCCCUUCUAUGAUAUUCGGUCAAUUGUUAACGUCUUCUAAUUAUAAUGACGAAGAAGAAAAAGUAACUGGAGGUCGAAAUGGUUACGGAGCGAAACUGUGUAAUAUUUUCAGCACAAAAUUUAUAGUUGAAACUGCAUGCAUGGAAUAUAAAAAACAAUUUAAACAGACAUGGGCUUCAAAUAUGAUGAAAACGUCUGAUGCUAAGAUUAAAGAUUUUCGUGGAGAUGAUUUUACAAAAAUCACUUUCUGUCCAGACUUAGUUAAAUUCAAAAUGGAUAGUUUAGAUGAAGGAAUUGUCGGUUUAAUGUCAAGACGAGCCUACGAUGUGGCAGCGUCUUCAAGAGGAGUUAAGGUAUUUUUAAACGGAAAACGAUUACCUGUAAAAUCAUUUAAAGAUUACAUUGAUUUAUUUAUAAAAGAAUCUGAAGACGAAAUGGGUAAUCCCCUUAAAGUAAUUUAUGAAAACGUAAGCGAUCGUUGGGAAGUUGGAAUUACAAUGUCUGAUAAAGGCUUCCAACAAAUGUCAUUUGUGAACAGUAUAGCCACUACAAAAGGCGGUAGACACGUUGAUUACGUAACUGAAAUGAUUACAAAACAGCUCAUUGAAGUUGUAAAAAAGAAAAACAAAGGAGGUGUUAAUAUCAAGCCGUUUCAGAUCAAAAACCACAUGUGGAUCUUUAUAAACUGCUUGAUCGUCAACCCUACCUUUGACUCGCAAACCAAAGAGAAUAUGACAUCUCAAAUAAAAAGUUUCGGUUCGAAAUGUACGUUGUCUGAGAAGUUUAUAAACGCUGUUACGAAGAGUGGCAUUAUCGAAUCAGUUUUGUCAUGGGCAAAAUUUAAAGAACAAAAAGAAUUGUCGAAAGCCGGCGGAAAGAAACAAGCUAAAUUAAAAGGAAUACCUAAAUUAGAAGACGCCAAUCAAGCCGGAACUAAAAAUGCUUUAAAGUGUACAUUAAUUUUAACAGAGGGAGACUCGGCUAAAUCUUUAGCCGUAUCUGGAUUAGGUGUUAUUGGUCGCGAUUAUUACGGAGUUUUCCCAUUAAGAGGUAAAUUAUUAAAUGUACGCGAAGCAACCCACAAACAAAUUUUGGAAAACGCUGAAAUUAAUAACUUAAUUAAAAUCUUGGGAUUGCAAUACAAAAAGAAGUAUAAUACAGAUGAUGAUAUGAAAUCGUUAAGGUAUGGUAAAGUUAUGAUCAUGACUGAUCAAGAUCAAGAUGGAUCACAUAUCAAAGGUUUAUUAAUCAAUUUUAUCCAUUUUAAUUGGCCCGAAUUAUUGCGUAGAGAUUUCUUGGAAGAGUUUAUUACCCCAAUCGUUAAAGCGACUAAAAAAGGACAAGAAUUGUCGUUUUAUUCGAUCCCAGAAUUUGAUGAAUGGAAAAGUAAUACCGCCAAUCACCAUACCUUCAAUAUAAAGUACUACAAAGGUUUGGGUACUUCCACCUCUAAAGAGGCAAAGGAAUACUUUACGAAUAUGACGAGACACAGAAUACGUUUCCGUUAUAAUGGCCAAACCGAUGAUGACCACAUCAUUUUAGCGUUUAGUAAAAAGCAUGUCGAACACCGUAAAGAAUGGUUGACUAAUUUUAUGACCGACUCAAAAAGACGAAAAGAAAUGGGAAUGCCUGAGAGAUAUUUGUAUGGUAAGGAUACCAGAGCUGUAACUUACGCGGAUUUCGUCAAUUUAGAAUUAGUUUUGUUUUCGAACGCCGAUAAUAUACGGUCGAUACCUUCGCUUGUGGAUGGUUUAAAACCAGGACAACGUAAAGUUAUAUAUACUUGUAUAAAAAGGAAUGAUAAAAAAGAAGUUAAAGUAGCUCAAUUAGCAGGUUCGGUGGCGGAACAGUCCGCAUAUCAUCAUGGUGAAGUGUCAUUAUGUAUGACAAUCGUAAAUUUAGCACAAAAUUUUGUCGGAAGUAACAAUAUUAACUUAUUGGAACCGAGAGGUCAAUUUGGAACCCGUUUAGCAGGCGGGAAAGACUCGGCCAGUCCGAGGUAUAUUUUUACAAAAAUGUCACCGUUAACUCGGCUUUUAUUCCACCCUCACGAUGACGCCCUAUUAAAGUACGAAUAUGAUGAUAAUUUAAAAAUUGAACCCUAUUGGUACAUCCCAAUAAUUCCUAUGGUGUUAGUGAAUGGUGCUGAAGGAAUUGGAACAGGAUGGAUGACAAAAAUACCGAAUUAUAAUCCACGAGAAAUAGUAGCCAAUUUACGCUUAUUAUUAAACAAUGAAGAACCUGUUCCUAUGCUUCCUUGGUAUAAAAACUUUAGAGGGAUGGUUGAAGACUGCGGAGAUAGUCGCUUUAUUGUGAGUGGUGAGAUUGCAGUUAUUGGUAAUGAUACACUAGAAAUAACCGAACUUCCGAUUGGUACAUGGACGCAAAAUUAUAAAGAAAACGUUCUCGAAAGUCUUUUACAUGGAUCCGAAAAAGUUAAAGCACUUAUACAAGAUUACAAAGAAUACAAUACCGAUACGACGAUUAAAUUUGUUGUUACAUGCCUACCUGGGGGUUUACAACAAAUGGAAAAAGACGGCUUACAUAAAAUCUUUAAGCUUCAAUCUAUUGUGGGCACCACCUCAAUGUGUGCGUUUGACGAAGCCGGCUGUUUAAAAAAAUACGAAACCGUGUUAGAGAUGUUACGUGAAUUUUACACACUCCGACUAGCUUAUUAUUUAAAACGUAAAGAGUACUUGGAGGGUAUGUUAGGCGCGGAAGCUGAUAAAUUAAACAAUCAAGCAAGAUUUAUCAUGGAAAAAUGUAGUGGUGAACUGGUUGUUGAAAAUAAGAAAAGAAAAACAAUCGUCGAUGAACUUAUACGAAGAAAUUAUUCUCCGGAUCCAGUUAAAGAAUGGAAAAAACGUAUGACUGAUGAAGAAGAAGAAGCAGGCGAGGGAGAUGAAGAAACUGAAGAGCAAGAAGAAACUGAAGCGUUGGCGAAACCUUCGAAAUCAUCAUCAAAACCAAUUGAUCCAGAAAAAGCUUUUAAAAACCUAACAGAUGUAAAAAAGUUUGAUUAUCUACUUGGUAUGUCCAUGUGGAUGCUUACUGAGGAAAGAAAAAACGAUUUGCUUCGACAAAGAGAUGUUAAAAUCACCGAAUUGGAUAUAUUAAAGAAAAAGACUCCGGCACAUUUGUGGAGGGAAGAUCUGGAUGCUUUUAUGGAAAAAUUAGAUGCAGUUGAAGAAAAGGAAAGAAAAGAUGAAUUGGGAGACGUGGCUAAAAUUAAAGAGUCUAAAUCAAAAAAUGUUUUAGGCAAGAAAAAAAUUAACUUAUUAGAAGUACUGCCUUCACCGAAAGGUCGACGGGUGGUACCUGAAAUAACGGAAGAAAUUAAGAAGAAAAUCCAAACAGCAGUGAAAACUAAAGAACAACGGGCAAAGAAAGGUGUGAAAAAAGAAGAAAGUAUAGAUGAUGAAAAGGAUGAGUUUGAUCUGAUGGUACAGGAUAAGAAAACUCUCACGGAGAAAAUUGGUGUUACUGAUGAAGAUAAAAAGAAGAAAGGAGGACGCGGUAGAAAAGGAAAAGCAGAUGGAAUGAAACAAACCAAACUAGACUUUAAGAAAAGUGAUAAAGCUAAUGGUAGCCCUAAAAAGCGUGGCAAGAAAUACACAUCCGAUUCAGAAAACGAUGAUAUAGGAAGUGAUUCAGAUUUAGAAAAUUUGCGAAUGAAAAGUCCACCACCGCCAAAAGAACGUCAGUUAACUAGAAGAGCAGCUACGAAAUCGGUGAAAUACGAUUUAGAUUCGGACGUCUCGGACGACGUUGAUGAUGAACCCGUAUUUCACGAUAACGUAGCUGUUAAAGAGGAGUUGGAAAUAGAGCGCGUGGCGAAUUUAAGUUCUGAUAGUGAAUCCGAAGCACCUCCGGCCAGAAGUAAUGUUUCGUCAGAAGAUUUAUUUGAUAGCCUAGUAGGAAGAAAACAAUUAGAUAAAGGUCCACAACAACCGGAACCAGAAACAACUGAAAUAUCUGUGCCUCCUGUGAAACGACAAAAUAAACGUAAGAAGAAAGACCUGAGCGAUUCUGAGGAUAAACCUAAAAAGUUGCAAAAAAUGGAUGUUGUUGAUUCAGAUUCCGAUGUCCCUAUAGCAAAGAAAAAGAAAGCGCCUCAAAAAAAGAAACCUGCGCAAAGUGAUGAUGAAAGUAAAAAAGGGGGAAAGAAAAAGAAGAAAAAUGUGGAAGAUGAUGAUGAUAGUGGAGAUGAUUAUAGUCCGCCUCCAAAAAAUGUUAGAGAAGGACGUGUAAAGAAUCCUGUUAAGUAUGUCCUUAGUUCCGAUUCUGACUAGUGGAUUUUGAUUGUAAACGUUUUCAAGUCAGAAUCUACUAGUUUAAUAUUGACGAUGUUUGCGAAUAUUUAUUAUGUUUAAGAUUAGUAUAAUAAUUAGUAUUUUCUAUCAAUUAAAUUUUGAUUUAUUUUUUAAAUAAACGAAUUCUAUAAGAAAUAGUAA